AUGCAUCUCCUCUACACGGACAAGGACGGCAAACUAGCUUUGAAACAAGUCCUCACCAGCGAAGCAGGAUCGUACGCUAUCCUAUCGCAUCGAUGGCGUGACGGGGAGGUCACCUUCCAGGACAUGCAGCAGCCCAGCGUCGAGGUCGAGAACAAACCCGGGUACCGGAAACUGCGCAAGUGUAUGCACCAGGCGCGAAAAGAUGGUUGGAAAACUUGCUGGAUCGACACGUGCUGUAUUAAUAAGGAGAGCAGUGCUGAACUACAGGAGGCGAUCAAUUCUAUGUGGACCUGGUAUGCUAAUGCUCGAGUAUGCUAUGCUUAUCUGGACGACAUAGAGAUAGUAAAAAAGGAUAGCGUUGUCACUGAGUCCGACCUGAUAACCUUGGGUAAUGCGCAGAAAGUGGAAGGCUUCUCUUCGAGCGGUUGGUUUGGACGUGGAUGUCCUAUUGGUCGCCUUUGCGCGAUGCAAAUCGAUAUUGACUCGUGCUCGAGGACGCUACAGGAAUUACUUGCGCCAAGAGUCGUCGAGUUCUACGACAAGACGUGGCAAUGGGUUGGAAGUAAACGCGACCUAAGCUCUCACAUCAAUUCAAUUACUGGAAUCGAUCCUGGCUUUCUCGUACGCCCGCAGACUGUCCGCAACUGCUCAGUUGCAUUACGAUUAUCAUGGGCAGCUACACGGACUACUACGAGGAUAGAAGACGCCGCAUACUGCCUGCUGGGCUUGCUAGACAUCAACAUGCCAUUGCUUUACGGAGAGGGAAACAAGGCGUUCAAACGGCUGCAGGAAGAAGUCAUCAGAGUGUCGGCGGACAUUUCGAUUCUGUGCUGGUCUUGGCCAGGGUCGCUUGCAAAUCGUCGGGAUUUCAAAUACGGCAUUUUAGCGACGAAUGCAGAUGGAUUCUCACAGGAUCCUGGCUUCAGCCCACUGCCCCGAGACGGCUCCAGCCUUACACUAUUGCCCUCAUACCUUGAGAUCGGCGAAACGGACAUUGUGCGAUUAUCGCCAUCGAACCUCUGUCUGGCAGUCCUAGAGGGUCACAAUGAAGUCAGGAAGGUGUGCCUCUUACUUCGAUGGUCGGAAAUCCGUCGUAUGGCACCUUACUCCCUGGAUGUCGGAGUGCGUCUUGCCAUUAUCCUCUUGGAAUCUCCCUACUUCACGAGCCAGGUGUUUCCUUCGAUCAGGAGCACGAUUCGGAUCGCCCAGCACUACAGCCCAAUGGAAGCGCCGGAUGUAUGGGAGAUCGAAUAUGUAUGUAAGCCUAAGGACCUCACAAAAGUUGUCACGACAUGGCCUCUGGAGCCUUUCUGGAAGGAGUUGGCGAAACGCUGCUGGUGCCGACAGUUUGCUAGUGCACAAGAAACACUGCGUUUCGCCGCUUCCUUGCAAAUAGCGGGUAUCCCAGCACAACGACUCACCAUAGCACUUGCCAUCGACACCGAGCAACCCACUCGACCAUGUUUGGUGAUUGGCAAACUUGUAACGGACCUAGAACAGACUGCAGACCACGCCGUUGCGACCCUGCUCACCACCUGCAUACGAGCCCAAGUAGAUGGGCACUACGCAAAUAGGACACGAGAGACCGUCACGAUAGGAGGAGAAAGGCUCCAGAUCAGUGUCAGCUACAAGCGUACGGAGCGGACACGAGGUGAAUUCUACAAUCAUCUGCGGUAUACCCUUGUAGUGGAGCGAGCUGCAAAGACAGAUAAGAGCACGCCUCUGUCCACAUCGAAAUUGAUCAACGGGAAACCCAAAUUACCCUGGCGUCCGCCUCCGCCCCGAUUAGCUGGACCGAUCCCUCCACUCUGA